CCUGGAGGUCCGUGAACCACGGUUUGGGAACCUCCUUAACAGCCCGUCCUCCCCUUGCACCUCCUCAGUAGUGACUUCAGCCACAGUUGCAGGGGGGGAGGAGCAGGCUGGGAGGCUCUGCUCUGCUCCUGUGUUGAUGUUUGUUGUUUGCGAGGGUGGCAGCGCCGUGUGUGGACGGGGACACGAUGUGAGCAGAGGGUUGUCGACUGGCCUGCCUGCACGUUUCUUGAGGGAAUGCUGCAACUUUUUCCAAAAACACGGCGGAAUGGGGCAGAUUUUCAGCUGAUUAUUCGCCCGUUGUUGCUAUGAGAUACUUGGACAAAUGGCUGUAAGGUCUUGCUUGGUUUGUGUUGUGCGCAAACACUCGUAGUGGGGUUUUUUCCCUUGGAGCAGCGGCCAGUCAGGAUGCUGGAGCUCGUCUGAGAGCACCCCGCCGUGUGGUCUUUCUCUGGAUUUCCCUUCCCUUUUUAAACCAAGUUCUUUCUCAGCGACGAGCGGCCAAUUUCAAACUCAUUUUUUUACCCAUUAAACUUAGCAAAAUGGUGUUCUUCGCUUUGUCCUCGGCUCGUAACAAACCUGGGUAACGAAAGGAGUAGCUACGUGACAACACCCCAACACGACGACCAGCGUUACUUUCCUUCGAGGCGCAUCUGCCCCGGGAUUUAUUCAGCUGUGGAGACUUUAAGCAGCAAUUGAUGCAUCUCGGGGUGUCUGAGUCCAUGAGAGAGUGCGAGUAUAGCCAGAUCAGCACUCGCAGCUCCACACCAAUGGAGACCCCUUACAAGAAAAGGACCCCAAAGAAGAGGAAGUGGGAGUCCUUCCCAGGUCGGAAUAAAUUUUACUGCGAUGGGAGGAUUAUGAUGGCCAAGCAGACAGGGGUUUUCUACCUCACCCUUGUUCUUAUUCUAGUGACUUGUGGACUUUUCUUCACCUUUGAUUGUCGGUUCCUGGCGCUGCAGUUGACCCCGGCCAUCCCAGUCAUUGGAGGUGUGCUCUUUCUGUUUGUAUUGGGAACGCUGCUGAGAACAAGCUUCAGUGACCCAGGGGUGCUGCCCAGGGCCACCCCAGAUGAAGCAGCUGAUCUUGAGAGGCAAAUAGAUGUUGCUAAUGGCAGUACAGGCUACAGGCCUCCUCCUAGGACCAAAGAGGUGGUUAUUAACGGCCAGACAGUCAAACUGAAGUAUUGCUUCACCUGCAAAAUCUUCAGACCACCACGUGCCUCCCACUGCAGCCUAUGUGACAACUGUGUGGAGCGUUUCGACCACCAUUGUCCUUGGGUGGGAAACUGUGUGGGAAGGAGGAACUACCGUUUCUUCUACAUGUUCAUCCUCUCGCUCUCCUUCCUCACCAUCUUCAUCUUCGCCUUUGUCAUCACACACAUUAUUUUACGCUCCCAUCAAAGUGGGUUCCUCAACGCACUUAAAGAUAGCCCUGCCAGUGUGCUGGAGGUGGUGGUGUGUUUCUUCUCUGUCUGGUCAAUAGUGGGCCUCUCAGGCUUCCAUACGUACCUGAUCAGCUCCAACCAGACCACCAAUGAAGAUAUAAAAGGAUCAUGGUCUUCUAAAAGAGGGAAGGAUAACCAUAAUCCCUACAGCCAUGGCAAUAUAUUCACCAACUGCUGUGCAGCACUGUGUGGACCCCUGCCACCGAGUCUAAUUGACAGACGGGGCUUUAUCCAAUCAGACACACCACAGCUGGCACCACCAACCAAUGGCAUCACUAUGUAUGGGGCCACCCAGUCUCAGCAGAGCCACAUGUGUGACCAAGACCAGUGCAUUCAGAGCACCAAAUUCGUUUUGCAGGCCGCCACCACCCCUCUCCUCCAGCAACAGAGCAGCGAGCCAGUCAUCCUGACGGCCUCCCCUGAAAACGGAGGCACCCUGCCCGGGCGCACCUCCCUCACCCUGGCGGGCCCAUGCUCCUCACUCCCCCUCGGCCAGCCUACGCCUCCGACAUCCACCCCAAGCCUCAGCUGCCACGAGGCCACCGACAUGUUACCAAUCCACGGGCACGGCCACACACACAAUCACAACCACCCCCUCCAGGAGCCGGUGGCCCAUCACCACUUUCUCACCCCAGAGGAAGUGCCCUCGCCACCAGGUAUGCUCCCCUGCGGCAGCCCCCUGGGUCACAGCCACACCAUGCAGGCUGGCUUCUACAACCCAGCCAGCCAGGACUCACUACAUGAGGACUCUGUCAGGGGACUGGUGAAGCUCAGCUCUGUCUGACAGUGGGAUACACCCCACCUCCUCCCACCACCUCCCUCCUGAAAACAUGUAUCCAUCCCCCUGAAACUGUCCAGUGCCACUUUUGGACCACCUUGCUCUCUCCAUGAAUUUGUUUCCCUGUCUCUCCUCAGCAGGGCUUUAAAACUGAGAAAAAGGCUGUGGUUUAAAUUCAGCUGCUAGAAACUGUGGUGGAAUAUAACUGAAGGUGAAACCGGUUGUCCUCAGCCAUCGUCUUGCCAAAUCUCUCUGCUGGAAUUGGGAGAGAUGGUUCCUUGUGUGGUGGAGUGUAUGACAAGUCAGACAUGCACUUCUUUUUCUUUUUUUUUCUCUUUUUUAACCUCAAGGGAAACAUAAUCCAUUAGCUCCUGGGGACUGGACAGGGGAGUUUCUUUUUCAAAGUGGCGUAUGUCUGUGAGCCAUUUCAAGCAAAAAGAAAAAAAUUUUAAAAAAGAAUACAUGUUUUGACAGUACAUGACAUUUUUGGUCAGAAGGCUGAAUUUCUGUCAAUGGAUCACAAGUCCGACAGGUUUUUUUGUAAAACAAACUUUAGCCUAUUUGCCUGUUGCUGAUUGGACCGUGUCUUUUGCCUUUUUUCCUUGGACAUUCUCAGCAGUGCAAUGGUUGAUGUCAUCAUGUUGCAUAUCAUCCUGCUUUUUCUAUGUAAAAAAAAAAUAAUAAUAAGAGACUCUGUUGUACUGUACCAUGGUUAUUACAACUCUUACAAAUUAUUAUAUUUCCUGUGGAUAUUAAUAAAACACCAACUUUUUAUCAGAUACAA